CUUCAUGUUUUGGAGAUGCAGCCAGUUGAAUUGGAGCCAGCAGGGUCGGGUUCAAGUUUGUGCAAACUGUCAAAUGAGUAUAUACUGAGCGUGUGUGUGCCAGCCACUGUCAGUCUCACCGGGUCCUCUAAAAACAUGAUCCGCUUCAGCACCUCACUCUUGCUGGCAGCAACCUGUCUGCUUCUAAGCACAGGUGUCAGUGCAGAGAAAGCUACCACCUGUGGAGCCCAUGUCCACCGCCUGAGCUGUGACACUGGAGUGAUCAGUGUGCAGACAGCAAUGUAUGGACGUGCAGACGCUGAGACCUGCAGCGGAGGAAAAACUCCAGAGGAGAUUGCCAAUACACAGUGCUCUCUGCAGGGUGCUGUGGACACCCUCAAGGCAAGGUGUGAUGGUAAGAAGGUGUGUGAAGUAAGCACAAGUAUCUUUUCAACUGAUCCCUGCAGUGACACGUUCAAAUACCUGGAGACCACCUACACCUGCGUGGCAGCAACUCACCUCAUAACAUGUGAGCACUCUAUGGCACACCUGCAGUGUGGUGAUGGGCAGGUUAUAUUUGUUCAUGGUGCUGACUUUGGACGUCAUGAUCGGACUACAUGUGCUUACAAGCAGCCUUCUGCUCACCUCGAGGAUGUCAACUGUUCACACCCCACCAGCAAAGUUGCUGACAGGUGUAAUGGGAAAAACAACUGCACUGUGAGAGCAAGCAGCUCAGUGUUGGGCGACUCCUGUGAUGGUACUUACAAGUACCUGGAGCUGGCUUACACAUGUCAGAAUCCUGUUGCUGCGUAAAAGGAGGAAAUAGUAUAGAUACACUGAAUAAAAUACAUUUGAUUAA